AUGUCUUCUUCUUCUUCCUUUCCAACUUCUGAAGAACGAAUCGUUGCUUCUGCUUUGCUUCUUCUCCACACACCUUCACCAAAGUUUCAUUCAAAUGAAGUUCAUGAAGAGCGAAGAAGCUUUAGUCACAAUCGUUUCAGAGAGAUUUCUGUUACUACUGAUUCGGAUGAAUCUUCUUCAGCUUUCUCUUCUCUUCUAAUCAACGGUGGUGAUGAAUCUUCUGAUUCGGAUGUUUCUUUCUUCUCUGCUACGAAUCGUUAUCAUCAGAUGAAGUUCAAGAUUGCGAGGAAAUCGCGAUCAAAGGUAGUGUGGACAUCCUCUUCCUGCUCCGGCGACCGGAAAGUGAAAUCCGAGACGACGGCGAAGGUUUCACCGACUUCAUUUUCCGGCGAGGCGACAUCAUGUUUGUCAACAACCUCAAGCUCGCGAAGCUUGCGCUAUGCUAACAGAACAAGCAAGUGUAGGAGUGUGAUUGAUGCUGAAAUCAAACGCGAGACACCGCCGGCGGCGAAGCUUCGCGUGAAGAAUCCUGCCGGAACGCCACACUUACGUCGGCGCGGCGAUGCAAUAUUGAGGUUUCUCUCUCACGGUGGUUGGUCUUCUGAAGUGAAGAUCCGUGAAAUGCUUGGUGAUAGCCCUGACACUAGCAAAGCUCUCCGAAUGUGA